AUGGUUACUCCCGAUUUUGUAGAUUACACUGUAGAGUGCGAUUACACUCACAGUCCCCGCCGUAUCGCCGUUUGCACCAUUACAAUGCCACCCAAAAAGGCCGAUGCGUCCAAAGCCGGGACAGGAGAUGAGGGGAUUAUCAGCAAAGACCCGCCUAUGCGUGAUGGGAUCAAUAUAGAGGAUCUCAAUCUCCCAAAAAGCAUAGUUACAAGACUAGCUAAGGGCGUUCUGCCUCCCAAUACGCAAAUCCAAGGCAAUGCGAUGCUGGCAAUGACAAAAAGCGCUACAGUUUUUGUUAAUUAUUUAGCCUCACAUGCAAACGAGCACGCAGUACAACAAAACCGGAGAACCCUCCAGACUGGAGAUGUUUUCGCCGCCCUAGACGAACUCGAAUUCUCUGAUUGGAAACCAAGGCUUGAGGCAGAGCUAGCUAAAUUCAACGAAAUCCAAUCCGAGAAGCGCAAUACGUACCGCAAGAAACUCGCGGACAAAUCAGGGCAGGGGGAUGAUACCCAGGCUGGAGAAGGGGACGAGGCGGAUCACGAUUCACAGGGUGAAGCAGAGGGUCGGAUGGGUAGAGACGGACAGCCUGCGGCCAAGAAGGCGAGGUUAGAACCUAAGAGUAAAUCAGCGGGGGCUAAGAAGGGCAAGGCGCCGGGAAAACAGAACGAGGCCGAUCAGACGGCUGAUGAAGAGGGUGAGGAUGAUGAAAGCCAGGAGGAGGAGGAUGAUGAGGAAGACGAAGAGGAGGGUAAUAGUGAGCCGCAGGAAGGCGAGGAGUUAGAGGAGACCCAGGAAAAGGAAGCGGAGGAUGAGGCGCUCGAUAAUGGGGAGGAUAGUGAUUGA